GGCGUAUUAACGAAAGAAACCCAUUAUAACCAAAAUUACAUUUAUAGAGUGCAACCAGGGCCAACAGGAAAGUGCCUCGAGGCCAAACUUACCAUUGCAAGCACCUGGUGUUUAUUCAAACUGAAAGCUGAAAGGAUUUAUUUAUUUUUUAUUUCUCUCUCUAUCUCGUGGUCAAUGCGUAAGGUAAAAACGUCUUACUGAAAUGUCCCUGUUUGCCACUAAAAGUAAGUGUACAGGUGCACGAUAAAAUCUCAAGAGGAUACAUUAUUCCUUUUCCAGCUCGUAUAAUGAUUCAUUUUCGCGAUGAGAUAAUAAAAUUCUUUGAGGGUGGUACUCUAACGAGGUCCUCUAAAAUAGAUUAAUGCGUUUUUGUUUUCAACUUUUUUGCCUCCGGAACUUUCAGUUAUAAAUAAAUAUGUAUAUUGUUGUGGUUGAUUGAUAGAUCUGCAUUGAGGUAACAAUUUGCAAAAAAAGAGCCUUUUAUGAAAUUUGAUUGGAUUCAUUGGGUCUUGACCGUUAUUUAACAAGUGAGUGUAAACUGCAUACUGGUCCCAAACAAUCGAAAUCGAGUUGAUGUUAGCGCUUCAUUAAGUAGUGUUCAGGUUGUAGGGAUUAAGGACGGGAAAACCUAAGGUACUCAUAGCGAAUGGUUAUUACUGUAUUUAGUUUCGUUGUAUUGAAGGUUACUGCAUAGCUCUUGAUUGCGAUGUAACCGCUGUUUUAACAACGUAUUGUUUCGUUUGAAAUCGAGAGGGCUAAGCUUGUUCAUAAAGCUUAAGCUUGUAAUGGUAACAACACUGAACCUAGGAAGACAAGGAAACUUAAAAAAAAGAUGCCCUCAUUAUAAAAGCUGUUGGAAGCGUAUUUGAGAAUGCAGGUUUUAAUUUUAGUUUGUUCAAUUCACAACUGAAGGUUGUCUAGUCUAUAUUAAAAAGACUAAAUAGGCUGCGCUCCAGCGGCUCUUGAAUUUUGAAACUUUUGAUGACAAGAAAUAAUUUGUGCUAAAAGCAAACCGCCAGACAAACGAGCGGAGUUUUUCACAGACUAUUAGGUUUCAUAAAUCAACCCGAUAGAAUUUCUGGUAGGUCGCUUCUAUCGUAUCCCGUAUUGUGUUUUAAAAUACACUGCAUUCUUCAUCAUCAAGGGGAAUGAUUGUUGUUUUUUUUCUCACAGAUUGGCGAGUACAUUUUUUAUAUGACUUACUGGGAUGAGAGUUAAAGGAGAGCUAAAGUUUGCCACUGAAGAAAAGUCGACGAUUUUAGAGAAAAGCCAAAUACUAAACAGUUGAUAGACGCAUGAAUGAAAGCCGGUGAGUGUCGAGAAUUGCUUAUCUAUUGUUUGACUCUAUACGAAACAAUCAGCAAGAUGUGCCGAGCAAGACAAGGAUAUUGUUCAGUAGUAAAAACACUGUUUCAUUUUCCUUUUUGGCCCUACUUUCUGCAUAGGUUACGUUGGUAACGUAUUUCUCUUUCACCGAGAAAGUGAACGAUGAACAAAUAAUGACCAUAUCAACAAUGUUAUUGUAACUCAAUCUACAUUAGGGAAUUUUUCCGACUACGUUCCCCGCGCCAGUGAAGUACUGAUACGGCUUAACCGGUUUUACCUGUAAGUCAUUCCCGGCAGCUUAUAAGUAAACAUUUCUAACAUAAGAACGCAUUUUAUCAGGCCUCCUCUGACGGCGUUUUCCGUAAAGUGUACGUACGAUUGGUUUUUGGUGGUCAGCUUUCUACUUAGUUGCCUGCACCCAUUUAGUGUAUACGCCGCCGUACCCAGGGGGACUCCCCUGUGAAGGGGCGGGAAUGCUCGAUGACUGAAAAUGUGGAAUUAAAGCCCCUAAACGAGACCUCUGGGCUUGGGUUAAGCUUUUUUUGAUUCCUUUAAAAAUACCUUUCUAAAACACAGCCAAGAAAGCGAUAAACACGUUUUCAUCGCUGUCAUGAUGAAUGACCCGUCUAGACCACAAUAAGGGCCUGUUUACAUGGAAUGGGGGACCCCGGUCUAGUGGGUUAAGUUUCUUUUCUUUUCACGCUCUGGGGGACACAAAACAAAAGAAACUUACCCCACUAAACCGGGGUCCCCCACUCCAUGUAAACAGGGUGUAAGUGAAGAUGUUAUUUUGUUGCCGUUGUUAUUUCUUUACCUUUCCGCACGGGAAUUUGUGAUGAUUUAUGAUGUGCACAAUAUUAACACUCGGUGUUUAAAUAGAAGGUGAUGCAAAAUUUGUAAUUUACACCCCUAAACAAGACGAGCAUCCCUUCCCGUUUAAUUAGCUUGAGAGGCUCUUCUCGGAACGCCGUCAAAAAUUCAGGAAAUAAUAUUUUAAUCUCUUCACUGCCAAGGUUAUUUCACUAAGAAUGAAAAAAAGUCUUUCAGUCUUUCACCUACCUAAUCUUCUGGUGUUUUUAAAAAACGAAUCAUCCUCUUUGAUGAAUAAAAAGUUUGUUUUCAAUUCCCCCUCGCCUGCGAUAUAUAAUUUGCGGUUUUCUAUGAAUUUUGAUCCUGAGACACUCAUAAAAACAACAACAACAGCAACAAUUUUCAGGCUCUAAAGCGUUUCUACCGACAUGUGUUAUUCUCAUAAGCACCGGAUCGCUUUUUGCAUAUCAAGAAGUUUAAGUUGUUUUCAAAUUCAAACGAUUAGCCUGGAGGAUUAUGUUGAUUAGUAAUGGGAUACGCUUACCCUUUUUGAAUCAUUUCAACGUUGCAUUCGCUUGUUUAACAAUUAGGUCAGAUUACUUAGUCCAACCUUUUCGUUAGUCUUAAUGCCACAGUGUUAUAUUUUGUUUGUCACACGAUAGGGUGGUUGCAUUUAUGUGGUGUUGGGUUUCCCGAGAAUACUUGCAGUCCGCCUUUUGAGAUCACAAAUGGUAGAUACUUUUGUUUUUUGGCCACUUAGCUUACUAAGAAACAAAAAGCAAACUGCGGUGAUAAACAGUGAAGAAAUAUAAACGCAUUUCUGAAAAAAAAAAAGACUUUAACUUGAUGUUUCGUAUGUUCCAACGUGCAUCUUCGGAAGUAAUAAACCGUCGAAUAACAACAGAAAUUUAAGCCCGCCUUUUGAGAAUAUAAAUGGUAGAUACUUUUGUUUUUUGGCCAUCUUAGCUUAAGAAGAAACAAAAAGCAAACGGCGGUUAUAAACUUAAGGAAAUAUCGACGCAUUUCUGAAAAAAAAAAGACUUUAACUUGAUGUUUCGUAUGUUCCAACAUACAUCUUCGGAAGUAGUAAACCGUCGAAUAACAACAGAAAUUUAAAUGUAGAAUAAGUAACUCGUUAAAGAAACAAAAGAUAACAUACAGUAGAAACAUAACACGUAGUUUUUCACUGCUGACAUUUUCAUUUAAGUAAGCUUGUAUAUCCCUAAUCAGCAGAGUCUCUUUUAUCUUGCAAUGGGUAUCCGACCAUCCUCUUGUCAAAAUUUCGAAAUGAUCCCAUUUUAUGUUAUGACCAGUUGAAGUGACAUGGUCGCCAACAGCAGAUGAGUGAUUUUUAUUUUCUAGUAGCACGACGAGCGAUGCAAGCUUAUUACCAUACUAUAUAGUUAUGUUAAUCAUGGUGAAUUCGUUCGAUUAAAAUGCAGUAAUAAUACUCCUGUUCCUGUCAAACAUUACGAGCUUCCAUACAGCACUUAUUUGCUCUUAGGAUUCGUUUAGGUAAAGUCAAAGUCUUGUUAAACAAACUGUUUCGAGAUGAGAGAAACCGACUGCAAACCAAAGGCGGAUCAAAAAAAUUCAGAAAGGGGUGACCUAGGUCCCCCCCCCCCCUCGCUAAAUCUACCCUUGCAUUGCAUACAGUUUUUAUAUCCAUAUUAUUCCCCGUUUUCUGUUUAUCAGAGUCGUGUGUUUUAAAAUAUACUUUUAUGUACUGCUCAGGUUUUAGGUCAGUUAUUAGUGUCUACACAAUGCAAAAUACUCCAGUAAAGUUGUGAAGAAGAUGUAAAACAUUUCAUGGGGGAGCGCUAACCAUAUUUUUGUUUGGUUAAUUUUAGCAGGCAUAGCAUGAAAACAUGAGGAAAAAAAAUGCCCAAUAUUUUCAAGUUCUUCUGCAUCCGUGCCAUCCCCAUAGCAACAGACGACAAAAAAAGUUUCAAUACCUAAAUAUAGUCUGAAAUAACAAAAUUGGAGCAUUAUUUUUAGAAUUCAAUUGAUGCAAAGGCAUGUUUUAGGUUUUUAAAAAGAUAGCAAAUUGUUUGACAAAGCCCCUUUAAAAAAAUCGACAAUCGAAUUUGCACAAGACUCACCAAUUGCGGCAGAUUUGUUGUUUUAGCUUGGCCUUUUGUUACCGAAAACGAGGGGAAAAUCUUUAAUGUUACGUUUUCUGGUUACUGCUUUUAAAUAUUUUACAUAAAAGGCUGUCAAAAAUUGCGUUUAACAAACCCAGCCCUCUUGGCUUUUGAAGUAACUGAUAUAAUUAUCAUUGCUGUUUACAUUUCAUACGCCCAGCGAAAAGUUUUGUCGAAGACCAUUCACUUUCAAUAGUUGACUGCGUACACAUCCCAAGUCGUUUUUUUUUUGUUGUUGUUGUUGUUUUGUUGUUGUUGUUUUUUUCGAUUUUCCGUCUAAAUUUCCGUCUUCAUUUUCAAAACUUUCAACUCUAAAUAUAGUAGAUGACAAUCUUCAACUGAAAAAGGAAGAAAUGACCUUGUCACAUAACUAACACGCUACUGUGAGUAAUGGACUUGAAUGUCCUCUUGUAUUCUACCAGUGAUUGCUUCUCUUUUUCUUUCUUUUCCUUUCUUUGAAUCAUUUCAGUUGAAUCCCACAAUUAUUAACUGCUACACAUUCAAAUGUAAUUUUGAUUUUACUCAUUGCUGUCAACCUGACCAUAGAAAUUGAUAAGGCUUGGUUUUGAUGUGUUCACUUUGAAUGUGUCUACCAACUGUAGAUAAAACAGGUUUUUAAUUAUUAAUAUACAUGGUCAGCGGUUUAUCAUUUUUGCGAAUUUCAAAGACGGAGAAGCACAAAAGAUGAUUCGCCCUAAAUUUGCAAUAAAAAUAAGGAAAGAACAGAAAAUCAAUUUGCACUAUUCAAUCAAUACAUAACAAAAUAGAAUUUCUCCGGUAUAAUCUUUUAUUCUUUUAUAUUAUUAGCAAGAGGGGGAAAGAGGGAGUCUAAAUAAUUAACCUAGUUUACAAAAAAAGUCGGUUGACCAGGGUUAAUAUGAAAUUUUCAAAUCAUAUUCAUUACCUAAGGCAAAAUGAGUCACACAGCAUGCAUCCACAAUGUAUUGGUGAUUUUUAGAAUUUCUUAUGAGUAAAAUUGGAAUGUUUUUGCAAAGUUACUGUAUUUUCGACCAGUGAAGACAAUUUCACAACAUAUUUAUCUUUUUUUCUCGCUGAGCAGCAGCAAAAUGUUUUAGAAAUCUUACGGCAGAUGGUGAGUGAGAAUUAUAUUUUCAAAAAAGGGAACCAGCGGGAGUUCAAAAAUUUAUGUGCCACUAAAUCUGAGUUAUAGAUCAAAACAGCACUGUUUUGAAUUUCUGGCAAUAUCGCUUCGCAUGCAACCGAAGUUUGAAUUUUCGAUCGAGUUAGUUGAUUUUUUUUAUAUGUAAGGGCCAGACUGAGGUGCUCAUAAAAAUCCAGGACAAUUGCCUCGCAGACAAGCAGCCGUCGUUUCUGCAGGAAGAGGUAACAAAGUGAGUCAGUUUCUAUAAUUUGUUAUACUAAAAGGUCUUGCUUUGGGAUCGCGGGGCUUCUCUGGUUCAAACAAAGUACAAUAAUAUCGUAAAUUGCUCCAAGAAGGCAAUAAAUUGCUUGAAAAUGAGCACGAACGUUACAAUUAAUAUCCCGGAUAAUGUUACUAUGGAAGCUAGAGCUUGAGAUGUUCAAGUAGUCAGGAUCAACGUAGUUUAAGCAACCUUUCCUUGGUCAAAAUUCCGCCAAAACGGCGGGCUAUUAAAAAUGUACGAAGGGCGUUGUUCAACUCGUAUUUAGUUCCUCACCCAUUCUGAGGGGCAUUAAGUCUAAAAUCUUUGAUGCACUUAGCUACACGAUCCGUUUAAGGCCAAGACUACCGGGCAACAUUCUUGCAGGUGUUGUAACAAUACUGUCCGUCAGGUUGCAAAAUGAUUUUUUUAAAAGGGUUCUUACCACCUCGUAUAUAAACUGAAACAUGAUUAUACGAUCGUGGGGGGUAACAAGCGAAAUUAUUAGCGCAGACUCGAGUUGCACGAAAACUUUUACCCAGAAUAUCCCGGUCUUUAAACUCCUUGUCAUGAGACACAGUCGCUGGAUGUUAAUAUUUGCUUGAGAUUUUAUUAAUAGUUUAUGUGUAGGCACUGAAUUGUUAUGAAAGCGUUAUCACCUUCAAUGACUCUCGUAUCUUUACGUACGUAGACAUUGAAAAAGGAAAAGAAAUGAAAUGAAAAGAAACUUGUACGUUUCACAAAUUAAUUUUUGUCAUGAUCUGCAACCGGCAUAUGGCGGAUUGAGUUUUGAAUAUCGUUAGUGCGCAUGUUCCGAUACUGGAAUCUCUUUCCAUUAGCCAAUCUAAAUUUCAAAUUAGAUUGUAUUCAGAAGAGCUGAAAUGUUUGCGGUAUUUUAUGUCAAUUCUGUCAGCCACGUUCCUUCUACUCUACGGACAUGAGUCAAGCCAAAUUGCCUGUACCGAAACGAUUUAUAUAAAAUGAAGUGAUCAAAUAAAUGUUACAUCGUUUCAAAAAAGAAAUUAGAAAAUCAUGAUGCCAGAAAUAGUUAAUUUGCAGUUAACAGUAACAGUCCGUGCUAUGCAUUUUUAUCAGUUUACUUUCACCUUUUAAUUUAUUUCUAAAGAAAGUCUUGUGUUUGGAAACCUGUCAAUUUCCAUCUAUUAAUUUAAAGUAUUUACAGUGAAAUACUUCAUAACAUGUCAUGGUAACAUCAUAUCAUCUUUACUAAUGAGUAAUUAGUUGUGCGUUUUUAGCCUCUACCCAGCGUUAUUCACCGAUCAACAAGGCUUUAGUACAGUAUUCCUUUGAGUUUUACUUUGCUCUGUUGUCCGAAGAUUACACAAACAAAAUAUGUAAUACACACAAAAACGCGACCUCGGUGACCGCUAUCGGAAUGCUCGAUUCCCAAACCUCGGCUUCAUCGGUCUUCGUGCCGAUUUUUAACUGAAGUAUCACUAACGAGGUAACGAGGUAGGCGAUUUGUAUUUAUAUUCAGCAUUGCGUAACACCGAAACGAGGUAGGAAGACAGUAUAAAAUAACCGAGAUAACUGAAAAUUGAAACAUAUCUGCAACUAAGAGCUAGUUUGUUGUGAUACCAUAAUAUCCUUGAUGGUUACUGAUAUUAGAGAUCGUUAGUUGAUGUAUCUUUCUAUUGCGUCAGCUUGUUAGCGUACAAAGAAACAACACUGGCAUGGUUUCUUGGAUCGCGGAUGAGACUUGCCGGCCGUUUAAUUCGAUUAGGCCAUGUGCCUUCAUAUAUGGGCUCCUGAUUCACCAUCAAUGUUUCUGCUUUUCACUCGGCCUUAGCAAUGAAUAAAUUAACUCCUUUUUUUAUGCCAAGUGACUAGCUAAAUAUCAUGAAGAAAACAUGGCAGGUGUGCGUAAGGGAAAAAAUAUUUAAAAUACAUAAAAUUGGGCGAAAAUAAGCUGGGCAUUGACGCUGGCUUAAGUGAGAUUGAUCAUGAUUGUUUUACGGUUUUUAGUUCUGCUACCUUCUGGACUUGAUAGCAGAGUGGUUUUAUAUAAACCAUAAAAUAGAAAGGGAAUGAACGUUUCUCAGAUCAUCUGUCAAUGCAAGUACAGUUCAGUUUACGAAGAAAAAAACCGGCAGUAAAAGAGGGUACUAAGGCGAGAUAAAAUUCUACUGUGGUUACAAUUUUUUUUUUAUUUUCAGUUUAUAAAAAACUGCUGAGAAAUAGAGUUCAAGUGAAUUACGUUAAUGCAGUGUUUCCCCUUUGAUGUUCCUUGUUUCCUCAGAUGCUGUGCAAAUUGACCAAAUUCGUUCUAUUCAGUACACAAAAACAAUCCCCUGAGUAAUGAAAUACCAUACGCCGUCACUUUCAAUGAAUGUCUAUAAAGCUCUCUCCUUAAGACACUGCCUUCAGAUACACAUGCACUGAGGCGUUCAUUAUUAUGCCAACACUUUUUUUGACUGAUCAACAAAUUGUGAAUCAACAACAACAAAGACUUCAACUUUCAGAAGCCAUAAACAGAAUUUGUAGCAAAAGUAAAAUUUAAGGUAAUUUACAGGAAUUACAAGUUCUGGGAAGCUUAAAUAACAGAAGGUAAAUGCAUGGUUCCUUUGUACUAAGUUGUUAUUGUUGAUCACUACAGUCCUAUCACGAAAUAUAUGGAUAUUUCCAUGAAAUACUAUUCUAUUUUCGGACUGUUAAAUCAUUAUAAUUAUAUUUUUAAAUGAAAAAGGGUCCUAUUUUAAAUGAAACGAAGAAAACGAGGAAGCAUCACACUUGAUGUUCCCGAAAUAGACAAAUUUGUAACGCGUAUUUUAAAAUCGAUAUCUGAGUCUUUAGAACCGCGCAAAUUUGUGAAAAUCGCUGCCUUUAACUGAUUUAUUUGCUUCUUUUUUUCCUGUCUUUUGAGUAAAAAACAAUGUUGAAAACAAUGAAGCUCAACAGCCUUAACCGGCAAUGACUUAAUUUAAGGCCUCUCCACACCCUGAGCGAUGUCAAAAGGAUAAGCUCGCUAUCCGAUAAGUAUACGUACCCUUUACUACAGCGUCUUGAUAUGAGAAGGGGCGGGCUAGCACGGUUUUCUCAGCUCAUAUUCUCGGCUGACUAUUGGUUUCAGAAACCUGACAGGCGGGGUUCAACAAGCCUACCCUGUUACAACACGCAAUAUAUUUAAAUAUUGGGUUCUAAAAUCAGGUCAGAAAAUCUUAAAAAGCAUGGCAAAUCUCCUAAAUAUCAUCAAUACUUAUUAGCUGAGGCUUCUUUCUUCUUUCUUUUUCAGGUCCCAUAAUGGAUAUUAACAUUUCCAACAAUGAUAGUACAGUUCCUCCGCCCUUAUUUCGCACAGAAACUUCAAACAUCGCAAAUGCCGUUGCCGUGGGCGUCUUAAUAGUCUUCACUAUAGUUAGCAACUCAAUCGUGUGUGCAAGCUUUUACACUUUCAGAGAUCUCAGGACAAUCUGCAACUACUUCAUUAUCAGCCUGGCGAUAUCGGAUAUAUUAGUGGCAGUUCUGGGGAUGCCCUUCUGGUUAUUGCUACAACUUACAGACUUAUCAGAGCAAAAAGUAAUUACAGGAAACCUGAAUCUCUUCUGGCAGUGCAUGGACAUUCUGUUCGGUACAGCAUCCAUCAUGAACCUGGCAGCGGUCAGUGCCGACCGGAAUGUGGCCAUAACUGCACCAUACGCCUAUCCGCAUAUAAUGACGUCAUCCAGAGCGCUUCUUGUCCUGUGUUGCGCAUGGAUUUAUGCUGUGGUGGUGUCCAGUUUACGGAUCUUAAAAAGUCAAUGGCCUGAGCCAAAUGGUUAUAAUUACUUUGUGUUUGUUGCAAGCUUUGCUCUUCCACUAUUAUUUAUGGUUGCUAUGUAUUCUAAAAUAUAUAUCGUAGCUAGACGCCAGGCGCGUCGUAUUGGUCGAAACAGGCGAUAUACUACAGACGUAAAAGCUGCUAAAACAAUAGCGGUUGUAAUCGGUGUCUUUAUAGUUUGCUGGGCUCCUUUCUUCGUUUCCGUGAUUGGCUUUGUCCACGAUGAACAAUUUUAUCCUAUGAUAAUUCAUAAAUCCGUUAAAUGGCUGGAAUAUCUGAACAGUUGCUUGAAUCCCAUUAUAUACACCUGUCUGAACAAAACGUAUAGAAGGGCCUUCAGGAGACUCUUUACACGCUGGCGUGGCCAGUUGGAGCGAACUCGCGAGGAGUCCGUCACAGCUAUAGGCACAUUAUCCAGAAGGCUCACUCUGCCCAGGGGCUCUAUUUUUGUAUCUCAAGGAGGUGCUUCUUCUAACUCGUCCGCUAAGGAAAGCAGUAAUGGUGAAUGUAGAAGAUCGUUGAGUAAGAAAGGAAGCAAAAAGGGAACUGAGAAGGAAGAAUUUCCGCCGACCUUCUUAUGA